AUGCCUAAUGCGAACGCGAUAAAGCAGGAAGAAAGGGAGGGAAGUCGGCAUCUCGCCUCCGUCUGCCACACGUCCCCGGUCUGCCACGCCACCCCGGUCUGCCACGGACCCUCGUUCCAGGGAUCGGAGUGGAGCAAGCGAGGACCCGGUGGCGAUCGCUUGGGUGCCUUCCCCGCCAUCCGACUCAUGUUCCCUCUGCAGCCGGAUAUGCUGGGAGCGAACGAGCCCGGCUGCCUCCAGGCCAAGGAUCGCAAGGAACCCGGCAACUCGAAGGCGGAAGCUACCCCCAAAGAGAAGAGGGAAGAGGGCAAGGGGAAGAGGAAGAACGACGGAUCCCCAAAGAAGAAGAAAACCAGGACGACCUUCACGGCCUGGCAGCUCGAGGAACUGGAAAGGGCCUUCGAAAGGGCUCCGUACCCGGAUGUGUUCGCCAGGGAAGACCUCGCCCUGAGACUGCAACUCAGCGAGAGCCGAGUCCAAGUUUGGUUCCAAAAUCGGCGAGCCAAAUGGCGAAAGAGGGAACCCCCUCGCAAGAACUACGUCCCACCUACGCCCUUACCAACCGUCGGUCAAACGUACACCAAUCUGAAUCAACUACCGCCAUUCGCUGCCACCUACGACACUCCCUGGUCCUGCUACGACAACACCGCCUCGUUCAACCUCGUGGCGCCAAGCUACACCAAUCAAAACGCAUCCUACGCCUACGCGCCGCUCCCCCAGCCGAUGGGAGACCUGGGGAUGCUGGCGGGAGGCAGCGAUGUCGAAUCCAAGGACUUUCCCGACCUCCAUUGCCUGCCGUUCUCCAUCGACGACUCCCUGGGUCUGACCGAGACGGGGGGACGGAAGCCCGUCGUCACGCUGGAUUCGCUUCUCCCGUGAACGAAUUCUUUGAAAAUAUUUGUAUUUACGCGCAUACCCACCGUAUCGCUGGCUGACCGAUGGUGCCUUUCCCCG